UUGUAAUUCAACAUUUUAAACGCUAUCAACUACAAUAAUGGUUUACUUUAAAUUUUCGUUUGUCGCUUUGCUUGCAUUAAUUUGCAUAAUUCCUGCUAUGAGAGCUGAAGAUUAUAUGGAAGUAAAAGAAGAUGAAUUUAAGGAACUUGGUUUGGAAAACUGGAAUAAAGCAAGAAUUUAUCACUUUUUCUUUUUCCUUAACACCAAUCCGUGUAAUGCUUUAUAUACGACAUUAGGAAUUGCGGACGCUCAGUGUACAUUACGUUGCUUAAGUGUUGGAAGUCAGUUAGGUGGAGUGUGUAGAAAUAAUGAGUGCGAAUGCAAUGUUUUUCCUACUCAAGAUCCAUCAAAAAAGUGAAAGUUUUAAGUAGAAUAUUUACUUUAAACCACAUUCUAAUUGUAAAAAUUAUUUUAAUAACAGCAAUAAAGC